GGCUUGUGCGUUACUGACGGAGGGGGCAGGUCACGGCGUCUUUUGAAGCAGAGAGGGGACUCUGUGACCAAGUGAUGGUGAAGCUCCUGUCCCCUGUCUGCAUUUUCAGUGCUUAUAAGAGUUGCCGUAAUCAUAACCGCUUCCGAUGCCUCCCUUCCUUUCCUUCCUGCUCAUCCUCUUGCUUUCAACAUGAACCGUGAAGACCGGAAUGUGCUGCGUAUGAAAGAAAGGGAAAGGCGAAAUCAAGAAAUUCAGCAGGGCGAAGAAGCCUUUCCACCUAACUCUCCUCUCUUUGCUGAACCAUACAAAGUUACCAGCAAAGAAGACAAAUUAUCUAGUCGUAUUCAGAGCAUGCUUGGUAAUUAUGAUGAAAUGAAGGAUCUUAUAGGAGAUAGAUCGCUACAAAAGCUUGUUGGAAUUCCCGAGCCAACCGUACCAUCAACACCAGAUGAAAAAUCGAACCAAAGUUUCUUUGGUGAUCAGAGACAUAAUGCUGGCUCUCACCAGAGCAGCAAAUGGACUCCUGUAGGACCAGCACCUAGCACUUCCUCGCAAUCUCAGAAACGGUCCUCGGGUUUACAGGGCGGACACAGUAGUCAGCGUGGCAGUGGCAAUAACACUAGCAGUAGUGGCCAGAGGCAUGACCGUGACUCGUACAGUAGCAGCAGCAGCCGCAAAAAAAGCCAGCAUGGGUCUGAACACUCCAAACCCCGUUCUUCCAGCCCUGGAAAACCAUCUGCUGUUUCUUCGUUGAGCUCCAGCCAUUCAAGAUCUCAUGGAAAUGAUCACCACAGCAAAGAACAUCGACGUUCGAAAUCUCCCCGGGAUCCCGAUGCCAACUGGGACUCUCCCUCCCGUGUACCCUCAUUUUCAAGUGGACAACACUCUAAUCAGUCUUUUCCACCUUCACUAAUGUCCAAGUCCAGUUCAAUGUUGCAGAAACCCACUGCGUACGUAAGGCCAAUGGAUGGACAGGAGUCCAUGGAACCAAAGUUAUCCUCCGAACACUACAGCAGUCAGACUCACAGCAGCGGCGUGAAUGAGCUGAAGCCUAGCAGCAAAGCACAUCUCACCAAGCUGAAAAUACCUUCCCAGCCACUAGAUGCAUCAGCAUCUGGUGAUGCGAGCUGCGUGGAUGAAAUUCUAAAAGAGAUGAGCCAUUCUUGGCCUCCUCCACUGACUGCUAUUCAUACGCCAUGCAAAACUGAACCGUCAAAAUUUCCUUUUCCAACAAAGGAGUCUCAACAGUCCAGUUUUGGCACUGGAGAACAGAAACGAUAUAAUCCUUCAUCAAAAACAUCCAACGGUCAUCAAUCCAAAUCAUGUGAAUCGAACCAGACAGAUAUGUUGAAAGAUGACUUAAAACUUAGCAGUAGUGAAGACAGCGAUGGAGAGCAGGACUGUGAUAAGACAGUGCCAAGGAGCACACCUGGAAGUAAUUCUGAACCUUCACAGCAUAACAGUGAAGGAGCAGAUAAUUCGAGGGAUGACUCGAGCAGCCACAGUGGAUCUGAAAGCAGUUCAGGAUCGGACUCUGAAAGUGAAAGCAGUUCCAGUGAUAGUGAAGCUAACGAACCCUCACAGAGUGCAUCCCCCGAGCCAGAGCCACCACCAACAAACAAGUGGCAACUGGAUAACUGGUUGAACAAAGUUAAUUCACAUAAAGUGUCACCAGCUUCUUCCGUGGACAGCAAUAUCCCAUCUUCCCAAGGCUACAAAAAAGAGGGCCGGGAUCAGGGGACAGGGAGUGGGUACACUGAUCAAAGUGGAUCCAAGGAUUCGAUUUCAUCUACCCCGGGGCGAGAUUCCAAACCCACCCAAAAGGGCUCAGAGAGCAGUCGUGGCAGGCAGAAAUCACCUGCCCAGAGUGACAGCUCAACACAGAGGAGGACUGUAGGUAAAAAGCAGCCCAAGAAAGCAGAAAAGACAGCAGUUGAAGAGCCUAGAGGAGGUCUUAAAAUAGAAAGUGAAACCCCAGUAGACAUGGCAACAAAUAUACCUUCAAACAGGCAUAAGGCAGCCACAAAAGGCUCCAGAAAACCCAAUAUAAAGAAAGAGCCCAAAUCUUCCCCUCGGCCUACCACAGAGAAAAAGAAAUACAAGGCUUCGAGCAAAUCUGCCCAGAAAUCCAGGGAAUUCAUAGAAACAGAUACCUCAUCCUCUGAUUCAGAUGAAAAUGAGAGCCUGCCUCCUUCAUCACAAACACCCAAAUACUCUGAGAGCAAUAGGACUCCUGUUAAAUCUUCCAUGGAGGAGGAUGACAGCUUUUUUCGGCAAAGAAUGUUCUCUCCUAUGGAAGAGAAAGAGCUUCUUUCACCACUCAGUGAUCCUGACGAAAGGUACCCACUUAUUGUGAAGAUUGACCUGAGCCUCUUAUCACGAAUACCAGGGAAGCCUUACAAGGAUGCUGAUGCACCCAAAGUGGAAAAGAAAAAUGUGCCAGAGAAGCACGCGAGAGAAUCCCAGAAGCAGCCAUCUGACAAAAGUUCUACGAAAGGCAAAAGGAAACAUAAGCAGAAUGAAGAUGAAAACAGAGCCAGCGAAAGCAAGAAAACGAAACUGGAAGAAAAAGUUACAUCAGGACACAAGACUUCCAGCAGUAGGGAGUCUUCAAAGCCAAGUGCUGUUAAAGAGAAGGACUUACUGCCAUCUCCUGCUGCCCCAGUCCUGCAGAAAGAUGUCAAGCAAGAACAUGGAUCCCGGAAGAGGACGGUCAGUCAGUCGUCGUCCUUAAAGUCCAGCAGCAACCUUAGCAAGGAGAGUGGCAGCGGCAGUAAAAGCAGCUCAUCUUCCAAACAAAAGAAGACGGAGGGGAAGGGUUCUAGCAGUGCUAAAGAAACCAAGGAAAAGAUUCUGAACAAUUCAUCAAACUGCCCUCCCGCGUCUGGCCAGUCUACGGAAAGUUCAAAGUCAAGAAGAGCAAAACUUGUUUUUGACGAUAGGACUUACUCAGCCGAUCAUUAUUUGCAAGAAGCAAAGAAGUUAAAACAUAAUGCAGAUGCAUUGUCUGACAGGUUUGAGAAGGCUGUGUACUACCUAGAUGCUGUAGUGUCGUUCAUCGAGUGUGGGAAUGCAUUGGAGAAAAAUGCUCAGGAAUCCAAGUCCCCGUUCCCUAUGUAUUCAGAAACUGUGGAAUUAAUCAAAUACACUAUGAAACUGAAGAAUUACUUGGCACCGGAUGCUACGGCUGCAGAUAAAAGGCUGGCAGUGCUUUGUCUGCGGUGCCAGUCUCUGCUAUACCUGAGGCUUUUCAAACUGAAAAAGGAAAGUGCAUUGAAAUACUCUAAAACUCUGACUGAACAUCUGAAGAAUUCCUAUAAUAAUUCUCAAGCACCAUCACCUGGUAUGGGAAGCAAGCCUGUUGGUAUGCCGUCUCCAGUCUCUCCAAAGCUGUCGCCAGGGAAUUCAGGAAAUUACUCUUCCGGGGCAGCCAACCCUUCAGGGAGCGGGUCUUCGGUGACGAUCCCCCAGAGGAUCCAUCAGAUGGCAGCCAGCUACGUCCAAGUUACAUCCAACUUCCUCUAUGCCACUGAAAUUUGGGACCAAGCCGAACAGCUGUCUAAAGAGCAGAAAGAGUUCUUUGCUGAACUGGAUAAAGUUAUGGGCCCUCUGAUUUUUAACUCGAGCAUCAUGACAGACCUAGUGCGUUACACCCGUCAGGGAUUACACUGGUUGCGCCUGGAUGCCAAGUGAUAUUUUGAACUGAAGGAAUGGAAAAUCAAACACAUUUUUCUCGCUGCCUCUGAUUUAUCUCCACAACACUGUGUCAUGUCAAUAAGGAAGACUGCCAUAACACAUUGCUUAGUUGACACUAAGAGCAAGGAAUGCUUACACGUCUCCCAUCCUCAUUUGUGUUUUGUGUUUUAACCCCAAGUCAUCUGGUUAAUGGACUUCUUCAGUAUUCCCGGUUUAAGUUAUUUAAAUAUUUUAAAAUUUGCUACAUAUAAAGGUGUAGUUUUGCUGAUCUGUCAUGGAUAGAUCAUUGGAAUUCCAGUCAUAAUACAUAAAUAGUCAGUUUAAAUUCCUAUUUAUUUUAAUUUUUUAAUUUUGAAAAGCCCAGUUUGGGGCAGUUUUUAGCUAUUUCUUCCCUAAAUUUACCCUUUCGAGUACUUAGCAGAAAUUAAACAUAGACACUUUAUUUAAGUACUUCUGUGAGCUUUGUUACUCUGUAAUGUCUUGUGGUGGUAGAGCCUGUAAAAGGAAUUAGGGUUGAUAGGUUCUAACGUGUAGGGACACCAUACUUUUCAUGCCUAAUGCCUAUGAGUCAACUAAUAAAUGACAACUACAGAUUUAUUAUUGCAGAAUUUGUACUAAAUAGAAAAGUUCCAGAUAUUCUUCUACGUAUUAAGAUACUUCAUUUAAAUGAAUUAUAAAGAAAUUUAUAUGGAAAAGUAUUUAGCUGGAUCUGGCUUGGAUUGUUUUCAAGGCAGUUUCAAAACAUCAAUUAACACUAUAACAAUCACAAAACAUUACAGUAAUUUGCAGUUAAUGUGAUGUUGAAGUCAUGGUGUAGGAAUGAACUUCAGUCUGAUAGGUGCGAUGCAUACAGGAAAGGUUUCUGGAAAGGACAAUCUUGUGCUUUUUUGCAUCUCUUCGUUCAAAAUACAUUUUGUUUCUGUGCUUGUCAUUUUUUGACACUUAAAGUUCAUCAGUGAACUUUGUGGUUUUAAAAAAAACCCAACAAAACCAAACCAAACAACCCAACGAUAGUUAAAUUCCUACCAGAACUGUCACUUGCAUCUUCUCCAUUGACUGAGAAACCAGGAAUCUUAAGCAGAAAUCGAGGUGCAUGUUUUCCUUUUAGGGUCUGAUAGGUAAUGGACACUACAGGAUGACAGCGCAACGGCCAUCGUGGGGUGGGAGCACACCUGCUAUGACAGGGAAGUGACUGUUUUGAUGCAGAACGGAUUUAAAAACUCGUAUUUUACCCCGUGUUAAUGAAGGUCCCGUUAAUGUUUGAUGGAGCAUAAUACUCGCAAGGGAGCGACUUGGCGCAACGGAAAAGGGUUCGUGGAGUUGCAAUUGACCGCUCUCAAAAAGUGUAAACCAAAGUACCUUUCCACGUAAGGUGCUUGUCUGAGUAAAAAGGUUUAAAAUGCUACUGCUUUCAGUAUUGCUUAGUGCCCCUAACAUGUCUGGUGUGCCUUAUGCCUUACUUUUAGAUGAAGAUUUUAUGAACUGUUUACAAGAUGUCUUACAGCAGGACCAGGUAUACUGUAUGCAGUGGUCUUCUGCAGUACUUUUGGUAAAAUUCCAUUUCCUUUUGAAAAGUACUAGCGUCUGUCACACAAACUGACUUCUCAUUGCGGUGGUCUCCUUUUGAAGAGUCAAACUCUGAAUCCUUUGGAGUGAGAUUGUGGAAUGCUGCUUUGUUUUCUCUCCCAUUUAACCCUUUAUUCUGUACCAGAUAUGAACGUGCAUGUUCAGGAAAAUUAUUGCACUAAAUUUUUUGUGUAGUUGUAGUUAAGUGCCAAAAUCACGGCAACCUCGAGAGAAGGAAUAGAAUUCUACGCUACUUAGUACUGCAGUAUGUCCUAUGGGCUUUAAGAGUUUAGAAGUUUUGCAAAUUAGUAACCUACUAAAAGGUAGCUGCAUAUUCGUAGAGCUUCCUUUGCGUUCCAGCGUGUUUUGUACUUCCAGAAAAGCUUUGCUACGUACGAAUUGAUACAUGGUUAACAGACCUGUGACUUUUUCCGUGAUAGCUGAAUUUACUCUUCAGGUCUGUUGGAGCAUCCUUUUUAUUGAAUCACUGUGCAAGGUCACGUUUCUGUUAGUGUUUGCUGGUCGAGACAGAACUCUGUACCCUCAAACUCCGCAUCUUGGUUAAUGGGACACUGUCAACUAUUUUUCCUUUAAUACUCUAAAGUGCCUAGCACACUUUUGACGCUAUAUAUAUAUAUAAAAAAAAACAAAACAAACCAACAAACCUUCAUAAGAGUUGCAUUCAUAGUUUUAUUUUUUGUGUAGUGCUGCACUAGCCAGCAUGGCUGUUUUUUGGCUUGCUCCUUUGUGCACAGUUACCAUUACUGUUAGCAGCAAUGGUCUCAUCUCUGGGAAUUUUUUUUCCUUAACUAGAGUCCCACAAAUACCUUUUGGUGUCACGCUGAAUUGGUCUCUUAAAAAUGUAUCGCUUAUCCCCAGAUCAGUGGAUCUUAAAAAAUUGUCUUCAGACGACCGGAAGACUCGUUAUGUCGUGUCAAAAUGUGGACCUGAAGUGGUUGAAAGUGUCCCACCUAAACAGUGUACUUUGUAGUAGAAUAUCCUCUAGAGUGCUGUCCCAGGUCUUCCACCUGUCCGGGAGAUAUGCAGUGGUCUUUGGUAAUCGGGAGGAAACGCCUUACGCGUCUGUGGCGAUGUCCAACAGGGAAAUCUGAACUCUGCACUUCCCAAAGCAUAUCUUCACAUGGGAUUUACCAUUGCUUCCGAGACAAAAGUGAUGUACUUUGUCAGAUUCCAUAGCUAAAACAAAAUGCAAGUACAUAAUAGGCUUCCAUCCCUCUGUCCAAGUGCAGGCGAACGCUCUGAACCUGCCCUUUCGUACCUCUACGUGUCACUCCAGUACUAACGCGCGUCGCUCUAGUGACUAACGGUGAGGGAAUCCCCAACUCCUGCCUUCCUCAAUGAUUCCCUGGACGAUUGUAUACGAAAUACAUAUCAACGCUGUAAUUUUAAUUCCCUCACUGAACGCGGUCCCAGUUGGUGAAUCUUUUUAAAAAAAAAAAAAAAAAAAAAAAAAAGAAAAAAGGCUUAAUCAGACUAGGCUUGCUCAGAUAUCAAUACUAUUUGAAUUUGCUGUCAAACUUGCAGGUUCCUAGGUGAUAAGGUGCAACCGUUUAUAAUUUUAAACAAAUCUUCAGGACACCAGAGUAAAACAGCCCAAGACUUUUAUUUUGAUUUGAAACUAUUAGCCAUAAAGCAGAGCGUAUGGAUGGCUCUUCUUGGCUUUUGAUGGCAGUAUGCAAUUUGUAUUGUAUGUGUCUUUUAAUAUAUAUGUAUAUAUAUAUGAACUCAGUCUGUCCAAAGUAUAUGUUAUACUUGUUUUUAGAUUAUGGUGCAACUGACUAUAUUGAUAUAUUAUUUAUUGAGUGCUGAAUCGCCAUCUUACUGGUGAUAAAUAUUGCAUAUUAUACAGGAGUGCAAUGUAUAUUCCUUUAGAUUGCUGAGGCUUGAUUGCUGUGAUAACAA